UAAACAAAUUGUUCAAACAUCAAGGAAGGCGGGGAAUAGUUACAACAUUACAAAGUACAAAGGAAGAGAGGGCGGAAUUACAAUCCUGGCCGUUAGAAACGACAGUUUAAAGGUUCCUCUGUUCCUCACAAAUGGCUAAGAUGGCCACUAUGAGGCGAUACUUCAAUCAGUUCACAAAUCGCUUUUGCAUCUCAACAACCCAACAAUUAAUCUGGCUCGUUGUUCUUUCAUCGAUGUGUCUCUUUGUUUAUUAUCAGCUCUACCUUCACUUCACAGCCAAUCACCUUGAGAAUGAAUACUUUACAGAGGCUACCAAGUGUCCGGCCUGCUUUGGAACGAGCCUCUGCAAGCGUUUCAGUCGUGGCGACUACCGUUUCCAUUCCUACUCCUCCAUUCGUCUCUUUGAUUACGUCAACGUCAAGAACGUCUACUUUGCCACCUACCUCGACCAGAAACCUGUCGUCAUGAAAAAGCUUGGACACAACUCUGAGCACAACCAGUUUGACAAGGACCUCUGUACAAAUGCGGAAAGUGGCCUUAGAGGUUGUGACGUCUCGCAGCAGAUCUACAAGUCAAAACUCUCUGAUAUCAUGUACGCAGAGCGGUUGGAGGAGAAGGAUGUCAUGGGACUAUCGGAUAUUGUGAGAUGUCCGUCAAGAAGGCUUCUAGAUAGGAUAUGGGAUACGUUUGGAGAAAGACAGUUUGAUAAAUCAUUGGCUAGAGAUCAUAAGCUAAUGUUGGCUACAACCAUUGCCUUUAACCCAGAGCCACUCAUUUUGCAGGCUUUUCCAAACAGGAAGGGUUGGCCAUUCCCAGCGUACAUGGGAGCAUGUGGAAGAUUUACUGUGCAGGAGUACAGUGGACAUUCAUUAAGCUAUUUCUAUAAAUUCAAGUUUGGCGUCAGAGCUGCUUUAGCCGUCCAGGCGUUGAAGAUAGCCGAGCAGCUCUCUGAGAAUCGGGAUGAGUUUGCCCUGUAUCUCACCGAUGUCUCAGAAGAUAACCUAGCUGUCAACGACAACGGAGAGGUUCUUGUGAUAGAUGCAGAGAACAUCAUUGUAGUGGAUAGAAAGAAGAUAAAAGAAGAUGCUAAUCCUGGUUGGGAUGUGAAGCAUCAAUCAGAACAUGAGGGCUGUGGGAGCAGGAGAGAAUGCAUCAUGUUCUCACAUACAGAUCUAUGCAAUCAUUACUACAGCGAUCAUAACUACUACGCAGUGUGCCAAGGGCUUUUCGGCAAAGAUUCCCCUCAUGGUGACGGAGGCCUUCUCCACAGCAUACCCUCUGACCUCUCAUCUUACAUGAGAGCAAAGGUCAAAGGUCAGAUCGCGGAGUGUCGCAGCCCCAGCAAGAGAGAUGGACGAUAUCUUGUCGUGAAGGAGCUCAAGGAAACCCUAAUGAAGCUCAUAACAUAA